AUGGAGGAAAUAGUUGAUGGAGAGGACAGAAUAUCAGAGUUGCCAAUACAAAUAAUUCAUGACAUCUUACGUCGGAUUCGUCGUCAUCAAUAUGGGCUAAAAGAAGAAGCUCGAAUUUGCAUCUUGUCUAAGACAUGGAGUUCAAUUUGGAGAUCGCGGCCUGAAGUAAUAAUCGAUCAAUCCAUCCACAAAAGUUUCAGGAAUUCCACGGAGAAAUUCGUUGAUGAUUCCUUGCGGUCCCAUGUGGAGCAAAACUUAAGAAUCGAAAUGCUCCGCCUCAUAAAUCUUCGUCUUCCAGAAUUGGCGUCUCAUAUUGAUCGCUGGUUGAACUUGGCAAUUAAACAUAAUGUCAGAUCUCUAGAAAUUUCUCUAGCAUGUAAUUUUAGCUACUCCAUACCUGAUGCUAUUUAUGGAGCUAAGACGCUGACUGAAUUAUCGCUAAACAAGUGCAACUUUGAAAUUAAUAAUAGCAACAGUACUACCACUAAUAAAUUGCAAGGAAUAUUUAGUACAUGCAGGGACCUAAAAAUAGGGCGUUGCACAGGGAUCCAGAAUUUGCAUGUUUUCGGCCUAGUAAAUCUGGAGAAAUUGGAGCUAAGUAUGUGUAAGAAACUCGAAAAGGUGGAAAUCUGGGCUCCAAAUCUUCGACAAUUUGUCUUUGUUGGCGCCCUUUGGACGAGCACUCGGGGACAUUUGAACCACAACCGUUGCCUUGUAAAAUUGAUAUUUUAG